GGCAAUUCGUUUGUAACCAAAGUAGUAACAAGCUGUCGUCGGAUCUCUGUACGCGCUACGAGGCGACACCAUUUUAUGUUGUAUGUUGAAUUUAAAUCGUUAAUGUUCUAAAAAAUGAGUGAUUAUUCAGCGGUCGCUCCGCCACCUCAACAAAACUUCAAUCAGUCUACAGCUUUUGCAGCAGCCCUACAACGUGCUAAACAAAUUGCCGCAAAGAUUCAACCCGUUGGAGGUGGAAAUCAGCCGGAUACCAGACCCAAGAGGCCAUUAGAAGACGGUUCAGACUUGUUUCUAGAACCUGACGCGAAAAAAGGCCCAGGUUUACCGGGACCCCCGAAUCAAGGACCUCCAUCGAUUGGGCGUCCUUCUCUAUCGUUGACGCCGAGUGGCAUGGGUGGGCCUGUUAUGGGCGGAGGACCACAGAUGAACGAAGAUAUUAAAGUGCCCGACAAGAUGGUUGGAUUAAUAAUUGGCCGGGGAGGCGAGCAAAUCACCCGUCUCCAGUCCGAGUCGGGUUGUAAGAUACAGAUGGCGCCCGAUUCGCAGGGCAUGCCAGACCGCAUAUGCUCUCUGUCGGGUUCAAAAGAGGCCGUCACGCUGGCCAAGGAGCUCAUCAUGAAUAUCGUUCACCAGAGGGGCCGGUCCGAGGGCCUGCCCGACCUGGACAUGAACGGCCCCCCUAUGGCCGGGGGAGCCAAUCAUAAUAAUUUCCAAGGAAUGAACAACAUGGGGGGCAACCAGGGCGGCAUGGGCGGCGGUAUGGGCGGCGGCCCGGGCCUCGGCGGAGGCGGCGGCGGCGGCAGAAAUAACAGCAUGGAAAUCAUGAUUCCCGGACCGAAAGUCGGUCUGAUCAUUGGAAAAGGCGGCGAGACCAUUAAGCAGCUUCAGGAAAAAAGCGGCGCUAAAAUGGUUGUCAUACAAGACGGACCCAACCAGGAGAACGAAAAACCGUUGAGAAUCAGCGGAGACCCACAAAAAGUAGAGUACGCCAAGCAGUUGGUCUACGACCUGCUAGCCGAGAAAGAGAUGCAAAACUUCAACAGAGGCGGCGGCGGCGGUGGCCGCGGCGGAGGCGGCGGCGGUAGAAACGACCGCGGCGGCGGCGGGGGCGGCGACUACAACGACUACGGCAGCAACGGGGGCAACGAGUGCGAAGUUCUGGUGCCCAGGCAGGCCGUGGGAGUGGUAAUCGGCAAAGGCGGCGACAUGAUCAAGAAGAUCCAGGCGGAGACCGGCGCCCGCGUGCAGUUCCACCAGGCCAGGGAGGAGGGGCCCGGCGAGAGACGGUGCUCCUUGAGCGGCAACCCCAAGCAAGUCGAGCAGGCCCGCCAAAGGAUCGAAGAGCUCAUCGACAGCGUGCAUCAGCGCGACAACGAGGGCGGCGGCGGCGGCGGUCGCGGUCACGGCGGGGGACGCGGCGGCCGCGGUGGCGGUCGCGGAGGCGGCCGAGGCGGUGGCGGCGGCGGUGGAUACGACGGCGACCGCGGCAACCGAAACGGCGGCGGGGGCGAUUACGGAGGCGGCGGCGGCGGCGGCGGCUGGGAGGACAGGCGGUCCCACGGGAACCAGGGCGGCCAGGAGGUCACGUUCACCGUGCCCAGCUCCAAGUGCGGGGUCAUCAUCGGCAGAGGCGGCGAGACGAUAAAGCAGAUAAACCAGCAGUCCGGGGCGUAUUGCGAGCUGGACAGGCGGUCGCAAAACGGGCCCAACUCGAACGAGAAGACGUUCACGAUCAAGGGCGAUCCGGAUCAGAUCGAGUCCGCCAAGAGGAUAAUCAGCGACAAGGUGCAAUUGCCUUUGAGCUUCGUUCCCACCGGCGGUCCCAACAUGUCCAGCAUGCCAACGGCGUACCCGGGCAUGGCUCCGCAGGGUUACAACCCGCAGGGCGGCUGGGGCAACUUCCCGCAGCAGCAGCAACAGCCGCAGCAGCCGCAGUGGGGCGGCCCGAAUCCGGGCGGCGACACGUCCGUGCCGCCGAAUCCGGGCGGCGGCGGCGUGCAGGUGAACCCCAGCACCGGCCAGCCCGACUACUCGCUGCAGUGGGCCGACUACUACCGCUCGCUGGGCAUGCACCGCGAGGCCGAGAUGAUCGAGCAACAGGCAAAACAAAAGACGAUGACGGGCGCACCGCCUACAGGUCAGAACGGUCCGCCGGCCGUGGCGGCCGCCCCUGCGGCGGCGCCCGCCGGUGGCGGCGGCGGCCCCGACUACAGCGCCCAGUGGGCGGAGUAUUAUCGCAGCAUAGGCAAGCACAAAGAGGCCGAGGCGAUCGAAUCCCAAAUGAAAAGCAAGACCCCUUCGAGCGUUACAGCAGGAGGUGGAGGCGCCUCAAUGACAGCAGGAGCCCCAGGACAGGCACCCGCAGGUAGUUACCAGCAGCAAGCGUACGGUGCAUAUCAACCUCAAGCUGGUGGCUACUACGGAGGUCAGCCGCAAGGUGGCGUGCAAGCGGGAGUGCCGCAAGGAGGCUACGGAUUCCCCGCGUACGGUUACGGAGGUCCCGGAUCCGGGGGCGCCCCUUCCGGACAGGACAACUAGUUUUUCGCUGGGGCCCGGUGAAACCAUUAAAAAUGUCACAUUUGGCCCCAAAAUAUCCAAGUUAGAUCCACAGGAGAAACGUUUCUUAGCAUUAAGAAAAUUUUAACAACUUUCUUAGUAAUAAGCAUCUUUAUUUUAUCAGCAGUAAGAGUGUCCGUCAAUAGAAAGGGAAACCGCAGCGCAAACUAAUUCACUUUUACAUAUAGAUUUAAAAUAAAAUAGACUUUAAGAUUUUUUUUGUUCAUUACAUUACAUAAUAUGGCUGACGAUUUUUUUAGUUUCUUGGAACGCUUUCCAAGUUUAAUAAAAAUAUUGGCCGUGAUAAAAAGUAUUUUUUUAUUUUGUCCCCUUUUUUGUAAUUUUUUUAUACACCCUUGGAUUGUUUUCAUUUAUAAUUAAUUAAUCUCAAUAUAUUACUUGACUAAGAGACUAGCUUCCACUUUAUACAGUAACUAUGUAGAAAAUAGGUUAAACAAAAAAUGUGUGUUAGAAUGUUAUUUAUAGGCAAAAGUGGGCGAUGUCGAUGGAGUAUGGACCGACUAAAUGGUAAGAUUUAAUUUUAAGGUAUUUUAUUGUACUGUAUAUUCUACAAAAGUUACGAAAGCAUCUCAUGAAGCGCAAGCCAACAACAAUAAAUGAUCUGUUUUUAAAAGUUUUAUAGUGUAGACUUUAUUUUCAUUGAGAAGAAAAAUAACAAAAUUGUUUCGUUUUUAAAAACAGAACAAUUAUUUGCAGUAAAGAAAUUUAAACAUUUGUGUGUCAAAAGUAUUCAUUCCUGGUAAAACGAACGUUAAAUUUCUUCACUAAUCAAAUAAAAAGACAUUUUGCGCAUCGCAGCUUGUAUUAACUAACGAUGUAUAUUUAAUUUAAAUUAAACACUACCAGCGAUUUGUAUCAAUUGGUAUUUUUUUUAGUUUCGAUAUUGUAACCCACUUAAUGUACAGCAGUUAAACUGCUUAUGUAUGAAUUGAAUUAAACAUAACCUGAUACCACAUUGUCUUUGUUGUUUCUGUUAUUUUUGCAGCUCAACCCACUGAAGGUAACGUAUUUUUACCCGACAUUUUCCCAUUGUUAUUUAUUGCGAUACCAGAUUUUAUUGUGAUUUAUAUGCUGUACAUUUAUAUUUAUUUAUUGACUGAAAUUAUUGCAUUUUUAUAUUUGACUGUCUAUAUUGCCUAUUUUAUAUUGAUUUUUAUUGCAUAUAUACAUUUUAUUGGGUGAUACUAAAACCAUGUUUAUUGAUUAUUAUAUUCGCAAAUAUUUUUGAUGCUGCUGGAUUAUUUACUAUUUACAUUGAUAUUUAUUUCACAAUAUGAAAUUUUCAUUUACUUACAUAAAAAAUAUUUUUUAUUUGCAGUAUGGUGAGUGUAUCUACAUUAAUUUAUUGAAAGUAUGCAUAUAUUUCGCAGUAAAUACUAGUGGGGGACUGUUAAAGAGAAACGAAUAAAAAGCAAUAAUAUGCUAAAAACGUAAGAAUAGAAGGUUGGUAAGUAAUUUAGGUUAAAUCUUUUAAAAUAAUUGCUCAGAGCGUCACCAAAUAGGUUUUCAUAAACGCCAAAAUAAAAAGUUUUUCCUCUAUCAUAUGUAAUUUUUUUUUACAAAAAAAUCAUUAAAAUUUCCAUAAGCAAAGUAGGAAUUUUGGGCCGGCACUGGUUGCCCAGUGGGCAAUAAUCUACAUUCAUUAAAAAUUUGCAUUUGUGAUAUCAUUGAUUUGUU